AUGCAUAUCCCCACAAUCUCAUUAUCCCUCGUGCUCGUCUCCGGCGUAGCGGCAUCACUACCAGGGUUCCAGCCCAGCCUCGGAGGCUACAGUGGUGGCCUUGCCAGUCGAGCCUCCAUCACCAUUACAGACCGCAAGAAUGGCAAUGUCGUAAAGGAGGAAAAGUUCAACCGAGCCGACAUCACCGUUGGCGGCAGUCAGGUAGCCGAGGCAGAAGGCAACAAGGCCGCGGAGGAGGCAGAAGAAAAAUUCAAGAAGAACUUGGGCAUCAUCGUCGACCCCAAGACCGGCACCAGCAAUUCGGGCGGAGCCCUUGGCAUCACCACAGGAUCCGACGGCAGCGUGUCGGUCGGCGGUAAGAAUGGCAUCAACAUCGGUGCUCCCGAAAAGGCGCAAAAGAAGAAGAGCGGUGAAGAGGCCGCCGCUCCCGCAGAGACUGAAAAGGUGGCUGAGCCAGGAAAAGAGGCUGGCGCUGGUGCCGGUAAAGAGGGUGCUGGUGCCGGAAAAGAGGGUGCCGAAGCCGGAAAAGAGGGUGCUGGUGCCGGUAAAGAGGGUGCCGGUGCCGGUAAAGAGGGUGCCGGUGCUGGCAAAGAGGGUGCCGGUAAAGAGGGUGCUGCCGGCAAGGAGGGAGCCGAAGCGGAGGGUGGCAAGAAGGCUGGCGAAAAUGAAAAGAAGGAGGCCGGCAAAGAGGGAGCCGAAGCAGAGGCCGGCGAAAAGGAGGGCGAUACUGUCCAACAGAAGCUCGAUGCUGCCAAAAAGGAGGCAGAUGCUGCUAAAAACCAGGCCGAUGCUGCCAAAAAUGAGGGAACAGGAGUGGAAGCUGAUAAAAAGGCCGGUAAAGCUGAAAAGAAGGAAGACAACGCAGCAGAAGGUGGUAAAAAGGCCGGCGAGGCUGAAAAGAAGGAAGACAACGCAGCAGAAGGUGGUAAAAAGGCCGGCGAGGCUGAAAAGAAGGAAGACAACGCAGCAGAAGGUGGUAAAAAGGCCAGCGAGGCUGAAAAGGAAAAGGCUGCGGUCGGCUCUGGCAAUAAUGUGGUUAUUGCUGGGUUUACAUUCCUAUCCGACGCCACCCUCUUCCGGGUCGACGGCAUCGUCGCCGUCAUAACCGGAGGCGGCACCGGCAUCGGUCUCAUGAUGACCCAGGCACUGGUCAACAACGGCGCGAAAAAGGUCUACAUCCUCGGCCGACGAGUCGACGUGCUCGAAAAGGCCGUCGGAGAGUGUGGACCCGCCGCCAAGGGCGUCGUCAUCCCCGUGCAGUGCGACGUCACCUCGAAGCAAUCCAUCCAGGGCGCCGUCGACAUCGUGACUUCCGAGGUCGGCUACGUCAACCUCGUGGUGGCCAACUCGGGGGCGUUUGGGCCGCCAAACCGCUACGACCCGACAAAGACCAUCUCGGAGCUCAGGCGGACGCUGUUUGACGACGUCGACAUGAACGAGGUGACCCAGACCUUCCACAUCAACGUCACGGGCGCCUAUUUCACCAUGCUCGGCUUCCUCGAGCUGCUCGAUGCCGGCAACAAGUCCGCCGUCGAGAAGGGAACUUAUGGCGCCCCGCUGAGCCCCGGCGGCACGGCGCCGUCCAUCCAGAGCCAAGUAGUUUUCAAUGCCAGCGUGGCUGGUUACCUCAAGUCCUUCAGGUCGCCGCCUUCCUACGGUGGAAGUAAGGCUGCGCUCCUGCAGUUGACCAAGGUCGCCGCGACGAUGCUUGCGACCUAUGGGAUUCGCGUCAAUGGACUUGCUCCAGGGUUGUUCCCCUCAGAACUGGCGUCAGUCCUCAUUCAGGAUAGGAAUCCCGAGACGGAGAGUCCUGACCUACCUACCUUCAUCCCCGCUAGGAAGUUUGGCGGUGACGAGGAGAUGGGAGGGACCAUACUGUACCUUGCUAGCCGCGCCGGUUCCUACUGCGAUGGACUUAUCCUUGUGGUAGAUGGCGGCCGGUUGGCAUUUACCAAUUCCACAUACUAG